CGCUCAACGUCCCCCGAGUUGCAUACAGGUCAGCUCAAGUGUUCGAGAUGUCGAACAUCUUGGAGUCCUCAUGGAAGCCAAGCUGAUACUCGAAAAAUUAGCUGGACGAGUUAUCAUCACUACCAAAUGUCGACUCACGAGACUAAAGGAAAAGGAAAAGGCAAGGCGGAGCUGCCGCCUCUGAAGAACACGUUGGAGCAAGCGAGGUCGCCUUACCUGCUUCAACACAAGUCGAACCCGGUGCACUGGCAGCAAUGGACACCGGAGACGAUAGCCAGGGCGAGAGAGGAGGAAAAGAUGAUCUUUCUCAGUGUUGGGUACUCUACCUGCCAUUGGUGCGGAGUGCAGGCUGAGGAGAGCUUCUCAAAUGAAACUUGUGCGGCCAUGAUGAACAAGUAUUUCAUCUGUAUCAAGGUCGACAGGGAGGAACGCCCCGACGUUGAUCGGAUGUACAUGCAAUAUUUGCAGGCCACAUCAGGAGGAGGAGGAUGGCCUAUGUCUGUUUUCCUGACCCCUACCCUCGAACCGGUAUUCGCCGGUACCUACUUUCCUCUUGGCAAGUUCAUGGGUUUACUUGACAAGAUCAGCGAGCUGUGGCAGGAUCAACGGGAGAUGGUGAUCGAGAACGGUCGUGACGUCAUCCAGCAGCUGAAGGAUGUGCAGGUCUCGGACGAUGUGAGUUCCGAGUCCUCCACGAACCUUGCCGGUCUAAUCAACCCAGCAGUCCACAAGAUUUACAAGUAUCUUUGUCGAAAUCACGAUCCCGUCAAUGGCGGCUUCUCCCGUCGAGGUCCCAAAUUCCCGUCCACCUCUCAGAACAUGGUCAUCCUCGCUCGGAUUGCCGCUCAUUCUGUCAAGAAGGACGCCUCUGAGGAAUCACAGCAAGAAGGGCGGAAUGCAGCCAUCAUGGGUAUGGACAUGCUACGUGCUUUGUGGAAGGGAGGUGUGAGAGAUUGGGUCGGUGGCGGAGUCGCGCGAUACAGCGUGGACGAGUACUUUCGAUUGCCUCAUUUCGAGAAGAUGUUGUACGACCAAGCACAACUUGCCCUCUCUGCUUUGGAGUUUGCUCUGCUCCCGAAUCUACCGGCACCGCAAGAAGAGAAUCGCAGGAUUUGCGAAGAUCUGGCUGCCGACAUUAUCGACUAUGUUUCGAGAAAUCUCGUCAGCGCCGAUGGUGGAAUGUUUAAUGCGGAAGAUGCCGACAGCGGGGAAAGCUUGGAGAAUCCGGGGAAGAAGAGCGGCAAGUCAGACCGGCCUGACCUUUGGUACUUGGAGGGUGCCUUUUACGUCUGGACGCGCGAGGAGUUUGACCUGGUUCUAGGUGAUGACGCCGAGGUCGCUGCCACGUUCUGGAACGUGAAGGUCAAAGGGAACGUGGAUCCUUCGCACGAUGCUCGGAACGAGCUGAAGGGCAAAAAUACGCUGUAUCAAACCCUCUCUUAUGCAGAAGUUGCCAAGAAACAUGGGACCAGCGAAGAUCAAGUCCGCGAUAUCAUCCAGCGAUCGAUCGUGCGUCUAAGGGAAUGGCGUGAACAGAAUCGCCCGAAGCCGCAUCUGGACGACAAGAUCAUGGUCUCUUGGAACGGUCUGAUGAUUAAUGCCUUGGCUCAAGCGUCCGCCUCUUUGCCUUCAGAGCGUUACACUAUCGCUGGUCGAUGUCGCCAACUUGCCGAACGCGCUGUCCAGUUCAUUCACAGCGAUAUGUACGAUGAGACUACUGGGACGCUGGUUCGCAGUUGGAGGGAAGGCAAAGGUCCUACUGCCCAAGCGGACGACUAUGCGUUCUUGAUUCAAGCGUUGAUCCGCAUGUACAGCAUAACGGGGCAGGAAAUCCAUCUACUGUGGGCGAUUCAGUUGCAAGAAAAGAUGGACGAGCUUUUCGAAGACAAACAAGGAGGGGGCUAUUGGGCGAGCGAAGAGGACGAGCUCGUAUUGGUUCGAAUGAAGGAGUCUCAGGAUGGCGCUGAGCCUGCUGCCUCCUCGGUGGCCGUUCACAACUUGUUCGCAUUGGCCCAUUAUUGCUCGGACCGAUAUCGAGACUACCGGGACAAGGCGGAGAGGGUUCUCAAGAGCAACGAGGCGAUGUUGAAGCAGGCUCCUUUCGUAUUUGCCACCGCUGUCGCCGGGGGUGAUGAUGCCGUGAGAGGGAUGCAAGAGUACGUCAUUAUGGGCGCAUCUGACUCGACAUUUGUUCGGGCCAUGAUUCAAACGCUUCAUGCGACUCGGUACAUUCCGAACAAGGUCAUCAUCUAUAUCGAUCCGUCAAAUCCGCCCACGGGGUUGGCUCGUUACAAUGCGGUCGUCAAGGAUAUCGUCGAGGGCAUCGAGCGCGACCGGAGCGCUGGGAAAGACAUCAAAGAGAAUCUGCGGAUCUGUCGCGACUUUGCCUGCGGGCUCCCGAUUUUUGACGUCGAGCAGGCCAAGAAGGCGAUA